ACGCAGCGAAAAGCUAGGAAAACUUUAGAGGCGAAGCGUUGUCAUUCCUCCAUCUUGAAACUUUCCGAGCAAUUCUUAUUGGUAAAUUAAACUUGCUCUUUGAAGUUACUUUUGACGUCAUCGUGUUUGAAGAUAAAACGUUUGAAUACGGACUUUUUGAAAGCGCUUAAACAACCCCGAAGUUCGGCAUUAUUUAUCAAACAGUGUACUGUGGUGUUGUGUCGCGUUUGUUUGUCUUCUAGCAUUAGCUUUAGCAAGGUGACGGUUUGGACGGUAAAGUACGCUUGCAGACUUGCAGACAUGACGAGCAUCAACACACCUAACAUUAAUUUCAAAUGGGACCCAAAGAGUCUGGAGAUCAGGACUCUUGCAGUGGAGAGGCUGCUGGAGCCCUUGGUCACACAGGUGACAACUCUUGUAAACUCGAGUAACAAAGGUCCAUCUAACAAGAAGAAGGGACGUUCAAAGAAGGCUCAUGUCCUGGCAGCUUCAGUUGAGACUGCCACUCAGAACUUUCUGGAAAAAGGAGAGAAGAUUGCAAAAGAGAGUCAGUUCCUUAAGGAUGAGCUGACUGCUGCAGUAGAAGACGUACGCAAGCAAGGUGAUUCAAUGAGGCAGGCUUCUGGAGAAUUUGCUGAAGAUCCCUGCUCUUCUGUAAAGAGGGGCAAUAUGGUUCGAGCUGCCAGAGCCCUCUUGUCAGCAGUCACACAUCUCUUGGUGCUGGCAGACAUGUCUGACGUCUACAAACUUCUGGUCCAGCUUAAACUGGUGGAGGACAGUCUUGUGAAGGUGCGUAAUGCAGGAACAGAACAAGAGUUGGGGAUCCAGUACAAGGCCCUGAAGCCGGAGGUGGACAAGCUGAAUGUCAUGGCAGCAAAAAGACAGCAGGAGUUAAAGGAUUCUCAACACAAGGACCAAAUGGCUGCCGCUCGCGGUGUUCUCCAGAAGAACAUCCCCAUGCUGUACACAGCAUCCCGUGCAUGCCUGCAGCACCCCGACGUGGCUGCCUACAAGGCUAACCGUGACCUCAUCUACAAGCAAUUGCAGCAUGCAGUUUCUGGCAUCUCCAAUGCCGCUCAGGCCACUGCCACAGAAGACUCUGCACUCAAUCAGCCGGCAGGUGGUGGAGAGUUAGCAUAUGCCCUCAACAAUUUUGACAAACAAAUCAUUGUGGACCCCCUGGCGUUUAGCGAGGAGCGCUUUCGUCCAUCCCUGGAGGAACGUCUUGAAAGCAUCAUCAGUGGUGCUGCCCUCAUGGCUGACUCUUCUUGCACACGGGAUGACCGCAGAGAGCGAAUUGUGGCUGAAUGCAAUUCAGUGCGCCAGGCUCUACAGGAUCUGCUUUCUGAAUACAUGGGCAAUGCUGGGAGAAAAGACAGGAGUGAUGCUCUGAACACAGCCAUCGACAGGAUGACAAAGAAAACAAGGGACCUCCGCAGACAGCUACGCAAAGCAGUAAUGGACCAUGUGUCUGACUCAUUUUUGGAAACCAAUGUACCCCUCCUGGUUUUGAUUGAAGCUGCAAAGAAUGGCAAUGAGAAAGAAGUCAAGGAAUAUGCACAGGUGUUCCGUGAGCAUGCCAACAAACUAAUUGAGGUGGCCAACUUGGCUUGUUCAAUCUCCAACAAUGAGGAGGGAGUGAAGUUGGUUCGGAUGGCAGCAUCUCAAUUGGAAACCCUUUGUCCUCAGGUGAUUAAUGCAGCCUUGGCCCUAGCUGCAAAGCCCAACAGUAAGGUGGCACAAGACAAUAUGGAUUUGUUCAAGGAGCAAUGGGAGAAGCAAGUCAGAGUCCUUACGGAUGCUGUUGAUGACAUUACAUCCAUUGACGACUUCCUUUGUGUCUCAGAGAACCACAUCCUGGAGGACGUGAAUAAGUGUGUUAUCGCUCUGCAAGAGAAAGAUGUGGACGGUUUAGAUCGCACUGCCGGGGCAAUUCGUGGCCGUGCUGCUCGAGUGGUCCAUGUGGUCACUUCUGAAAUGGACAAUUAUGAACCUGGAAUCUACACAGAGAAAGUCUUGGAGGCAACCAAGCUCCUGACUGACACAGUGAUGCCACGGUUCACGGAGCAAAUUGAGUCUGCAGUAGAGGCCUUGAGCGCAAACCCCACGCAGCCGGUUGAUGAGAAUGAGUUCAUUGAUGCUUCCCGUCUUGUAUAUGAUGGGAUUCGAGACAUUCGCAAGGCUGUCCUCAUGAUAAGGACUCCAGAAGAGUUGGAUGACUCUGACUUUGAGACUGAAGACUUCGAUGUUCGCAGCAGGACCAGCGUGCAGACGGAAGAUGACCAGUUGAUUGCUGGGCAGAGUGCAAGGGCUAUUAUGGCUCAGUUGCCACAGGAACAGAAGGCAAAGAUAGCAGAGCAAGUUGCCAGUUUCCAGGAGGAGAAGAGCAAGCUGGAUGCCGAGGUAUCCAAAUGGGAUGACAGCGGCAAUGACAUCAUUGUUUUGGCCAAGCAGAUGUGCAUGAUCAUGAUGGAAAUGACAGACUUCACCAGGGGGAAAGGACCAUUAAAGAAUACAUCUGAUGUCAUUAGUGCUGCCAAGAAAAUUGCAGAGGCCGGAUCAAGAAUGGACAAGUUGGGUCGCACCAUCGCGGAUAAUUGCCCCGACUCGACCUGCAAGCAGGACUUGCUCGCCUACCUGCAGCGUAUUGCAUUGUAUUGCCACCAGCUCAACAUUUGCAGCAAAGUCAAGGCUGAGGUUCAGAAUCUGGGAGGCGAGCUGGUUGUCUCAGGGUUGGACAGCGCCAUGUCCCUCAUUCAGGCCGCAAAGAAUCUGAUGAACACCGUGGUGUCCACUGUGAAGGCGUCAUACGUGGCUUCCACCAAGUACCAGAAGAACAAAGGUAUGGAGGCCCUCAACAUGCCUGCCAUUUCUUGGAGGAUGAAGGCGCCCGAGAAAAAGCCUCUGGUGAAGAGAGAGAAACAGGAUGACGGCCAAACAAAUCGGGUCAAGAGAUCAUCUCACAAGAAGCAUGUCAACCCAGUGCAGGCUCUGAGUGAGUUUAAAGCAAUGGAUAGUAUCUAGAUUGAGUCUCUUAUUUUGUUUAUGUAUAGAGAUCAAGCUUGGCAUUUUAUCAAAAAGAGCUUUUAAGUUUUUUUGUCUUUUUUUCCACCAAUGUAUGUGUGUCUGCACACCUAAAUUCCAUACGACUGCUGUAUACUUGUGUGGAAAAUAGUAAGGGAUCAAGUAGACACAGGCAUUUUGUUUUGUAUUGUCAUUAUUUUUCUAAUGUAUGUAUGCCAUAAUUCCACAAGUCUACGUAUUCCUAUUGAGGUUGUAUUACCAUACUAAGUUUUGUUGGUGUUUUUCAUUGUUGGAGGAUAAUUUUUACCACAAAUAUCAACUAUGCAAACUGAUGUCUGCCUUAUUUCAACUCGAUCAGUAAUUGUCUGGCACAUGGAGGGCUACUGUGAGAUUUAAAAGUGUCGUUGCCCAAACUGUAACAGACCAAAGUUCGUGCGAUUAUAUUUGUACCUGUUCACACAUUCUUGAUGAAACUUUGUUUCCUUUUCCAUUUUAUUUAGUAUUGAAUCCUUUUAUUUGACAGCCUUACCAAGACGUGCUUUAGAAUUGCCUAUAAAUCUUACUAAUCCGGCCCUUCACUCCAGUUCUGUGCAUGUGAAGCUUAUUGAUGAAGUCUUAUAAAACCCCCAGUAGACUAAACAAUCAUUGAAGAGUAUGCCUGUUCUUCCUUUUCUGUCAAUGAGACCAGCCUCCACAAGCUAAGAAUGGGUCCAAAUUGAUGUAUCAAUACGUUCUCUUCAUUCUGGGAGGAAGGCAUUGAAAGAAGAGGGCAGGUUUCCUCUAUUAUAUUGUUUGUUUGUCUAGACUUUAGAUGGCAGAACUAUCUGAAGCAACUCACAAUGUUAAAGCUUUAAAUUUGUCACUUGAUCAAACAGCUUUUUGAUGACGUCAGUUGCGAGGCUUUGUGAAAUCUUUCUGCUUUAGUUUCCCAUUCAAAUUCUAUUUUGCCCGUUUGGCAUCAGUGAACUAAUCCUGAGUGGGCAUGUAUGCGCGAACUCACAUUUUUUAUGUGCAGCCAAUCAUCUCAGUUUUUUUUGUUGUUGUUUUUACCCUUUGGUUUGUCUUGCUGUAUUUGAGUUUGGAAUAGAUACAAGUAAACAAUUUUGCUGUGGAUUUCUCUUCUUUGUUCUUUAUAGCUGAAAUCUAAGCACACACUAUAUUGAAUUUAUGUGCCUGCUCUAUUUUGACGAACAAUUGAAUAAAAACAUCCUCAACAAAA